UAAAUACCCACUUUGACCUCACCGUCGGCUUCUUCGGCCGGUUGGGUUGCUUCCCCUUCCAUCCUCUCUGCUCUGCUGCCCGCUGGCCUGGUCUGGCGUUGCGGCGGCCUUGCUGCCGGCGCUGGCGGUGGUUUGAGUUGGAGCAACCGCAUCAUCAGCUGCUGGCGUCUGGCGAGGCCGGAUCGAAAUCAAUGGCGGCGAGGUGACCUCGUCUUUCCCCCGCUUCAGUAGUCCGGCGGCCGCGUCCUCCUCCUCGCCUCCGAUCCUCCGUCCCCCCUGUGCGGUGCGCGUGCCAGCGACCACCGCCCGGAUUAGGGGGAGAAGAGAAGGCGUCCCCGAGGAAGAGUCCGCUCUUUCCGGCAGCCGUUUCUCCAGCAGGCAGGAGGGCUGUUCAACUCCAGUGAUUGAUUGAAUUCCUUCGCGAGGCCACGAAAUUGGGGGGAUUUCUUCAUUUCCUCACUGGCUUAACCGGCAGGAAAGCAGCUUUUUUCGCGAGGUUCUCGGCUUGAUUUCCUCGUGCGGAGGGCCGGCCGGUGCUUGUACCUCUACCUCGGAGCAUGCGUCGCGUCCGGGUGUCCUCCCAGCAGGCCCCCGUCCACAAGCUCGGCGACGCCCAGAUGAAGCUCACGCCCAGGUUCCGCCUCGCCGCCACCUCCACCUCCACCUCGGAUCCAGAGCACCAGCAGCAGCAGCCACCGUCGUCGUGGGAGGAGGAGCAGGCGCCGCUGAUCCCGGGCCUGCCCGACGACGCGGCGCUCAACUGCCUGCUCCGCCUGCCCGUCUCCGCCCACGACGCGUGCAGGCUGGUGUGCCGCCGCUGGCGCGUGCUCCUCGCCGACAAGGCCCGGUUCUUCGCGCAGCGGAGGCAGCUGGGCCUCCGGACGCCCUGGCUCUUCACGCUCGCGUUCCACCGCUGCACGGGCAAGAUCCAGUGGAAGGUGCUGGACCUGGGCCACCUCACGUGGCACGCCAUCCCGGCCAUGCCGUGCCGCGACCGGGCAUGCCCGCGCGGGUUCGGUUGCGUCGCUACCCCCGGCGGCGACGGCGCCGACGGCGCGCUCCUCGUCUGCGGCGGCCUCGUCUCCGACAUGGACUGCCCGCUGCACCUCGUGCUCAAGUAUGACAUCUAUAAGAACAGGUGGACCGUCAUGACACGGAUGCUCACUGCUCGGUCUUUCUUUGCUGGUGGCGUGAUUGAUGGCCGGGUUUAUGUUGCUGGUGGGUAUAGCGCGGAUCAGUUCGAGCUCAAUUCAGCCGAGGUUCUUGAUCCUGAGAAGGGUGUUUGGCAGCCCAUUGCUAGUAUGGGGAUGAACAUGGCGUCGUCUGACUCUGCGGUGAUCGGCGGCAGGCUCUAUGUCACUGAAGGAUGCGCUUGGCCGUUCUUCUCAUCGCCGAGAGGCCAAGUGUAUGACCCCAAGAUCGACCGGUGGGAGGUGAUGCCGGUUGGAAUGCGUGAAGGGUGGACGGGGCUAAGUGUCGUCAUUGAGGGACGCCUGUUUGUCAUUUCAGAGUAUGAGAGGAUGAAGGUUAAAGUGUAUGAUGCAGAGGCGGAUUCAUGGGACUCAGUCAGCGGCCCUCCGAUGCCUGAAAGGAUUAUGAAGCCCUUCUCGGUCAGUUGUCUCGACAGCAAGAUCGUCGUCGUCGGACGAGGUCUCCAUGUCGCGAUUGGCCAUGUUCAGAAGGAACCUGCUGGUGAUCCUGAUAGCAGGAGUUCAGGCUACUCCAUUUGCUGGCAAGAUGUGGAUGCUCCUAAGGAAUUCAGCGACCUGACACCUUCAAGCAGCCAGAUUCUGCAUGCUUAGCUGCUCGUUGAGUGAGCGAGAACCAUUGGUAAUCCGCAGAAUGACCGCAGCUGCCAAGUCUUCCUUGCCAAGUUCAGAACUGUUGUUGAAUGCACAAGUGUUCCUUGCUUUGUUGACAAGCUGAUAGCUUAAGUUUGUAUUUGUAACUUUUCUUCCUUUGUGCAUUGCAUGACUCUUAUUGAUAUGUGAUAUAAGAAGUAAGCUGUUCUGUCAUUCUGCAAGUGCAACGCUUCGCAUUUCCUCACACAGAGUGGCAACAGUUUCCUGAAAACUUUGAGCUUGCAAAAUUUCUUUUUGUAUGUACUGUAGUAUCUAUUCAGAUGCCUUUUAGCCAGAUAAAGGUUGGAUUGUGUUA